AUGUUUCUGAUGUAUCCUACACAGCAACCAACAGCCACAGCCGGCCUCUGCGCACAGCCCGCCUUCCUCAACCAGUACAUCAAGGGCCAGAAUCAGUACUGCUGUGCCGGUGUGCUGGACAUGGACACGAAGAACGGCCAACCAUACUGUUGCAUAGGCAACAACAACGCCGUCGCGACCAACACGGCCACGUCCUUCGAGACCAACAGGAGUGGCACCAUGGCAACGUGCUCGACGACCAUUCACGUCACUGAGAAGGACUACACGAGCAAGGUGGAGGCUGCGGGCACGAAGUAUGGGGUUUCGUAUGUCAGGACGACCGUCAACGCUGCGAGAAGCACCAGCAUUGUUGCCGUUACGCCGACUAGUACUGGGGCUGCGGUUGCGGCCAUGACGCCCGGAUUGAUGGUUGGUGAAGCGUUGAUCGCGUUGGGCGCUGUCGCUCUUGGGCUUUGA